CCCGUAUGGAGGGGUAGCGUGGGGAGGGGCCGUUGCCUGGAAACGAUAGUGGAUGUUAGUCGAAGCAGCAAAAAUGGAGAAGUACGAAAAAAUCAAAGUUGUCGGAAGAGGCGCUUUUGGGAUUGUUCACCUCUGCAGGCGUCGGACUGAUGGCGCCCUGGUGAUCCUGAAGGAGAUCCCUGUGGAGCAGAUGACCCGUGACGAACGGCUUGCAGCCCAGAAUGAGUGCCAGGUGCUGAAGUUGCUGAAUCACCCCAACAUCAUCGAGUACUACGAGAACUUCCUGGAGGACAAGGCUCUGAUGAUCGCCAUGGAGUAUGCACCAGGCGGAACACUGGCCGAUUACAUCCAGAAACGCUGCAACUCGCUGCUGGACGAGGACACGAUCCUGCACUUCUUUGUGCAGAUCCUACUCGCGCUCCACCAUGUCCACAACAAGCUCAUUCUACACCGGGACCUCAAGACCCAGAACAUCCUGCUGGACAAACACCAGAUGAUCGUCAAGAUCGGCGACUUCGGUAUCUCCAAGAUCCUCGUCAGCAAGAGCAAGGCCUAUACUGUGGUGGGCACCCCCUGCUACAUCUCCCCAGAGCUGUGUGAGGGAAAACCCUACAACCAGCGGAGUGACAUCUGGGCUCUGGGCUGUGUGCUGUACGAGCUGGCCAGCCUAAAGCGGGCGUUCGAAGCCGCGAACCUGCCCGCUCUGGUCCUGAAGAUAAUGAGUGGCACCUUCGCGCCCAUCUCGGACCGGUACAGCCCCGAGCUCAGGCAGCUGGUGCUGAACAUGCUGAACCUGGACCCAUCCAAGCGGCCGCAGCUUAGCGAGAUCAUGGCUCAGCCCAUCUGCACCCGGCCGCUUCUCAACCUCUACACCGACGUCGGCAACGUCAAGAUGCGCCGGAUUGAGAAGCCGCUGUCCACCGUACAGGCAGGUGUACACGCCAGGCCGGCAGGACGAGGGCCAAACUCCAGGCUGAGGGCAGAUGGGACCCUGGGCCCUGGGAAGAUGGUGCACGCCCUGCCUCUGUCCUCCGUCUACACCUGGGGCAGCGGCAUCUCCACACCGCUCCGCCUGCCCAUGCUCAACACAGAGGUGUUGCAGGUGUCCCUGGGCCGCACACAGAAGAUGGGCGUCACCAAGUCCGGCCGCCUCAUCACCUGGGAGGCACCCUCAGUGGGGUCUGGGGAGCCCGUCCUGCCUGGUGCCACAGAACAGACACAGCCCCAGUUCAUCUCUCGCUUCCUCGAGGGCCAGUCUGGGGUCACCAUCAAGUCCGUGUCGUGCGGAGACCUCUUCACCACCUGCCUGACAGACAGGGGCAUCAUCAUGACUUUCGGGAGUGGAAGCAACGGCUGCCUCGGCCAUGGCAACUUCAACGACGUCGCACAGCCCAAGAUCGUGGAGGCCUUGCUGGGUUAUGAGCUAGUGCAGGUGUCCUGCGGGGCGUCACACGUGCUUGCCGUGACCAAUGAGAGGGAGGUAUUCGCCUGGGGGCGGGGCGAUAACGGCCGACUGGGUCUGAAUUCCCAGGACUCCUUCAGCUCCCCGCAGCAGGUAUGCAUGCCAGAGGCAUUUGAGCCCCAGCGGGUGCUGUGCGGGGUGGACUGUUCCAUUGUUGUGGGGGUGCGACACACCAUCCUGGCCUGCGGCAGUAACAGGUUUAACAAACUGGGACUGGAUCAGAUUGGCGGUGCAGAAGAGCCACCCCCCUCUGAUCAAGUGGAGGAAGUGCACACGUUCAGCCCCGUCCAAUCAGCACCCCUGAACAGAGAGAAGAUCGUGUACAUCGACAUUGGAACGGCCCAUUCUGCCGUCGUCACGGAGACAGGCCGGUGCCUCACCUUCGGCAGCAAUCAGCAUGGGCAGCUGGGCUGUGGGACCCGCAGGAGCAGCCGGGUGCCCUACCUGCUGCCCGAGCUGCAGGGCAUCACCAUGGCAGCGUGUGGGGACGCUUUCACCCUGGCCAUCGGCACAGAUGGGGAGGUGUACACCUGGGGCAAAGGGGCCCGCGGCCGGCUGGGCCGGAAGGAGGAGAACUCGGGCAUCCCCAAAGCCGUGCAGCUCGACGAGACUCACCCCUUCACCGUCACGUCGGUGGCCUGUUGCCAUGGCAACACUCUACUGGCCAUGAAACCUUUUCUGGAGGAGUCAGGUCCCAGAUGAGCCCUCAGCUGGAUUUUUCACACUCCCUUCCCUUCUAUUCACCUUUUUGCCCCCAGCCUGUGCUGUCGCAAGACUGAGGGUAGGGGGGGAGGGGGUGGAACACAAUGAAGAAUGACUUCCUGUGAAUGGACCCAUGCAUGGACUUCCUAGAUUUCACAAACUGAUCUCUGAACAAAAGCAAACAACUGGCCCUGUGUGCUUUGGAGGACUGCUCUGUGUGUACAUAAACGCCGUAUACAUAUGUAUAUUUUUUAAGUCUUAGUUCAGAAUACUUUAUACCUCUUUGAGAGUCAACUGAAAGCUGGAUUGACUUGAAUACUUGUACCGGCCUUUCCCAGGAUGCUUUACAUUGGGGGUCCGCAGCUCUGGCCUGGGGGCCCGUGUGACUGUCCACUUGUUUGCCAGCUCCCUUUAAACCGCCGAAAAUGUCAGUCUGGUGAAAAAAGCCUCGAUUAGCUCGGUUAGCCAGUUAAUUAGUUCCAUCAGGCUCUUAAGGGCUUAGGAAGACAGGAAAGCCUUCUGUGCAUCAGCCUGUUUGGUUCUGAGACGAGGGGGGUGACCCCUGCUUUACAUAACCGUAAAUGUGUAGCUGGGGUCCAGCAUGAGCGUGUCGCGGUGCUUAAUGCAGCCGUUCAGUGGCAUGUGGAUGCUGGAUCCCAAGUGACAGUAAGUGACAGCAGCCCCCAGCGUAUUUAAGCACCUGAGACACCGUGGCCAGACACAGGGUAAAAGAAGCGUCCUUUGCUAUAAUCGGAGCGCAAGAAAAAAAAGCAAAACCAGGAUGAACAAAAAGCGUGUUCACUGAGUCUCGCUGCCCCACCGGCUUUUCGUCCCCACAGAAAAUGGGAUUCGGAGAAUCCAGGUUAGUCCCGAAAGCUUUGGGCUGCACCAGACGACAGUAGUGUCACGCUCAAAGCUGGGCGAGUACUCGGUAACCACCGAGUCUGUCGUGUAAUAAGACAGGUUUGUAACCCAUCACACACUCAUUCUAUAAAUUCAGUUGUGCUCUUUCCAUUGGAAGAUAGAACUGUGAUGAUGUCACUUCCCGUAGACAUUAGCAGCCUGCUUCUCGUCACGUGUGUGACAAAAUGAAAGGAUAUGAGAGCAAUGACUGUGUGUUUCUAAAUGUCUAAAUUACUGGUUGGAAAUAAUUGUGAUCUAAAGGAGAAAACAUCAGACAGGAAACAAAAGAUUGAAUUUCGUAAUGUCCUGUUUGCCCAAGGUACUGGUCACUAGGCAAGGUUGGCAGAGCUGCGGGUAUUAAUGAUUGUAUGUGUAAUGGUUAAUUUCAUGACUGACGGCUUGUGAUAUGCAUCAUGCCUUCACGCCUCUGGGCGAGGCAGGCCUCCAGCCCUCACGAGCCAGAUUAGGUCAAAAGGGCAGUAAUUUCCUCUGCUCCUAUAGCCCAAAGCAACUGGAAAAGGGUAAGAUGAAUACAAAGCCAUGCUAAUCUUUUAUGAUCCCUUGCACAGUACACGCACUCAAAUGGCAAAUUUUCCACCCUUUUCUUCAAAAGAGCUAAACUUCAUUGGACACUUGCAGCGUUGCCAACUCUCACGCAUCUGGAACUUGGGCUCUCAGGCUCAGGAAAUUCUAAAUUAUUCCAUUAUAAACCUAAAAUUAGCCACAUCAGAAGUGUUGGGGGUAUUUGCAAACUCUACAGACUAUUUACAAGGUAAUAAAACUGUUACAUAUAUGAAAA